AUGUGCAGACUUGCCGGCGGCGAAAUUGAGCACACUGGCGGCGCCAACCCGGACCCAACCCAGGGCCGCGAGUUGCUGCCGACCAAUGUGAUCCCCAAGCACUAUGAUGUCACGUUGGAACCAGAUUUCGACAAGUUCGUCUUCAAAGGAACCGUCCUGGUUGAUUUCGACGUCAAGGAAGAGACCAAGUCCAUCUCGUUACACACGCUCGAGAUUGACAUCCACAGCGCUCAUGUCAAGGAGGGAGACAAGCUGGUCACUUCUUCAUCUGCCAUCACAUACGACGAGUCGAAGCAGGUAUCCAAGAUCGAUUUGAAGGAUGUCAUACCUGCCGGCGGCAAGAUUACCCUCGAGGUCAAGUACACUGGCCAAUUGAACGAUCAGAUGGCUGGUUUCUACCGCUCGACUUACAAGAAGCCCGAUGGCACCGAGGGCAUUCUCGCUACUACACAGAUGGAGGCCAAUGACUGCCGAAGAGCUUUCCCCUGCUUUGACGAGCCUCUCCACAAGGCAAACUUUACCGUCACCCUCAUUGCAGACAAGCACCUGACAUGCCUGAGCAACAUGGAUGUUGCCUCCGAAUCCGAGAUCGCCUCCGAAUUUACAGGUGCAACCAAGAAGGCUGUCAAGUUCAACCCGACCCCUCUCAUGUCCACUUACCUCGUAGCUUUUAUCAUCGGUGAGCUGAACUAUAUUGAGACGAAGAAGUUCCGGGUCCCAAUUCGAGUGUAUGCGCCUCCCAGCUCUGACAUUGAGCAUGGUCGAUUCUCCCUUGACCUCGCAGCCCGUACCCUCGAGUACUACGAGAAGAUCUUUGGUGCCGACUUCCCUCUGCCCAAGAUGGACAUGGUUGCCAUCCCUGAUUUUGCGGCUGGCGCCAUGGAGAACUGGGGUCUCAUCACUUAUCGUGUUGUUGAUCUUCUCUAUGACGAGAAGACAAGUGGUGCCGCCAUGAAGGAGCGUGUUGCCGAGGUUGUGCAGCACGAGUUGGCUCACCAAUGGUUCGGAAACCUGGUGACCAUGGAUUGGUGGGAGGGUCUCUGGCUCAACGAGGGUUUCGCAACUCUGAUGAGCUGGCUGAGCUGCAACUACUUCUACCCGGAAUGGAAGGUCUGGGAGAACUAUGUCACGGACAAUCUUCAGAGCGCCCUUGGACUUGACUCGCUUCGCAGCAGUCAUCCCAUCGAAGUCCCGGUCAAGCGUGCCAGCGAAGUCGACCAAAUCUUUGACGCCAUCUCGUACUCCAAGGGAUCGUGUGUCCUUCGCAUGAUCUCGACUUACCUAGGGGAGGAAACUUUCUUGGAGGGUGUGAGACGGUAUAUCAAGAAGCACGCCUAUGGCAACACCCAGACCGAGGAUCUUUGGGCUGCUCUCGAGGACGCUAGUGGCAAGCCUGUGAAAGAUAUUAUGUCAAUCUGGACCAAGAACGUUGGAUACCCUGUCGUUCAGGUCACGGAGAACAACGACAAGUCGAUUCACGUCAAGCAGAACCGCUUCCUUAGAACGGGAGAUGUCAAGCCGGAAGAGGACAAGGUCCUGUACCCUGUAUUCCUAGGCCUACGAACCAAGGACGGCGUCGAUGAGGGUCUGACGCUUUCUGAGCGGGAAGGCAACUUUGAGGUCAAGGACUUGGAUUUCUUCAAGCUCAAUGCUAAUCAUACUAGCAUCUACCGAACCUCGUAUACCCCAGAGCGCCUUGAGAAGCUUGGCCAAUCUGCCAAAGAGGGUCUUUUGAGCGUGGAGGAUCGUGCUGGUAUGAUCGCUGACGCUGGUGCCUUGGCGGUGUCGGGUUACCAAAAGACCUCUGGUGUGUUGAACUUGCUCAAGGGCUUCGACACUGAGGACUCCUUUGUUGUGUGGAGCGAGAUCAUUGCUCGCAACUCGACUGUACAGUCCGCUUGGGUCUUUGAGGACAAGUCGGUUAAGGAUGGCCUGGAGGCUUUCGUUAGGGACCUUGUUAGCGAGCGAGCCCACAAGCAAGGAUGGAUCUUUAGUGACAAGGACGGCCACGUUGAGCAACAAUUCAAGGCCAUGGUCUUUGGUGCUGCCGGUAUUGCAGGCGACAAGCAGAUCAUUGCAGCUGCAAAGGACAUGUUCGCCAAGUACGCCGCCGGUGACAAAUCUGCCAUCCACCCCAACAUCCGAGGAAGCGUCUUUGGCAUGGCCCUCAAGUAUGGAGGAAAGGAAGAGUACGAAGCUAUCCUGAACAUCUUCCGCAGCUCGAACAACAGUGACGAGCGCAACACGGCCCUUCGCGUGCUCGGUCGCGCCAAGGAGCCCGAACUCAUCCAGCGCACCCUGGACUUGAUUCUGUCGUCUGAAGUCAAGAGCCAAGAUAUUUACCUGCCGGCUAGCGGCCUUCGCAGCCAUGCCGAGGGUAUCGAGGCUCUGUUCAAGUGGAUGACGGAGAAGUGGCCCGAGAUCUCCAAGCGUCUUAGUGGCAAUGCCAACAUUUUGGGCAGCAUGGUCACCAUCUGCACGAGCAGCUUUACCAAGCAGGAGCAGCUCGACCAAGUGGAGGCCUUCUUCAAGGACAUUGACACAAAGCUGUUUGCUCAGCCCCUAGCCCAGAGCAAGGACGCGAUCAGGAGUAAGAUUGCUUGGGUCAAGCGUGAUGGCGACGACGUUGCCUCGUGGGUCAAGAGCAACGGUUACUGA